UGUUGACACGUUUUCUUGCUUUUUUGAUCAUGUGAACAAUUUGGAGGGAAUAUUCUACGUUGUGGUUGUGAAUUGUGAUUUGUAUGUAUCGUUGACGAAAAUUACUGGCUUCUUACUUUAUUAUUUAUAAGUGAUUUUUCUAUAUCGAAGUGAGGAAGUUGAGAUUGCGGACCAUGAAGGACCUGAAUGAGAGCCAAGCAGUCAACUCGGAUGAGGAGCAGUAUCUGGAGCAUAUCAGACAAAUCCUGGCCCGAGGAGUGCAGAAGAGCGAUCGGACUGGCGUCGGCACUGUGUCACUGUUUGGUGCUCAAAUGCGCUACAGUCUCAAAGAAGGUGUCUUCCCGCUGCUGACCACAAAGCGCGUGUUCUGGCGAGGUGUUGUGGAGGAGUUGCUGUGGUUCAUCAAGGGGUCCACCAGUGCCAAAGAACUGGCUGCCAAGAAAGUCCACAUCUGGGACCCCAACAGUACUCGAGAGUACUUGGACUCCAUUGGACUUAAGGACCGAAUAGAGGGUGAUCUAGGGCCAGUGUACGGGUUCCAAUGGAGACAUUAUGGUGCCGAAUAUAAGGACAUGUUCACUGAUUACAAGGGAAAGGGGGUGGAUCAACUGGCUAAGGUGAUAGAGACAUUGCGGGUAGCUCCUGAUGACCGCAGGAUACUGAUGUGUGCGUGGAACCCUGUGGAUGUGCCACAAAUGGCACUGCCACCCUGCCACUGCCUGGCACAGUUCUAUGUGGCUGACGGUACGCUCAGCUGUCAGUUGUACCAGCGGUCUGCGGACAUGGGCCUGGGAGUGCCCUUCAACAUUGCCAGCUAUGCUCUGCUCACCUGCAUGAUAGCACAUGUCACCGAUCUCAAGCCUGGAGAGUUUAUCCACACCCUGGGAGACAGCCAUGUGUACCUCAACCACAGGGAGGCCCUUCAAGUUCAGCUCACAAGGGCUCCGAGACCUUUCCCUACACUCAAGAUAAAGAGAACCGUAACCAACAUUGAAGACUUUACUUUUGAUGAUUUUGUACUUGAAAACUACAAUCCAUAUCCCAAAAUUGAGAUGGAAAUGGCAGUUUAAGUAUUCACAAUAUCUUCCUAGAUUUGUGGGUUUGAGAACUCUUCUUUAAUUGUAGAAAAUGCUGUUUUUAAAUUAAUGAGGUUUUCAACACACCUCUGAAGAGUUGAGGAAUGGUCAAAUUUCCCACCCUAAUAGUUAUAAAAUGUACAGCUUUGAUGAGUUGAAAUAUUUCUACAUAGAACUACUAUGACUUUUGAUUUUUUACAAUUUACGUACAACAUUUACUUUAUUAUUUUAUGGCUUUCAUUAUCUUGUAAUAUAUUUUAUCUUCUUAACAGUUGAAGUUCUGGUACCCUAUCACAUUUGAAAUGUAAGUUACUCAACAAUAUAAACAGAAUAUAACAAGUAAGUGAACAAAGAAUAGCAGUGAUGGAGAAGCAAUGAUAUCUUAAUAUGAUGUAAUUUCCUUCGUAUUUUGCCAUUGUAAAAAAAAAAAAAAAAUUAUUAUACAUAUUCACAGCGGUAAUGUGUUUUCAUGGACAUUCAACAUUGUCCACAAACUGCUCUUGGGUUUAUUAAGUUGUGCUAGAAGAACCAAUAUUCCCGCUAACAGUAGUUUUAUAUCUAAUAAUUUAAAUAUUAUAUAAGUUAUUUCUUAGUUUCGGAAAUAUUGAAUUCAAGCCGUAGUCUCAUAAAAAUUAUUAUACAUAUUCACAGCGGUAAUGUGUUUUCAUGGACAUCCAACAUUGUCCACAAAUUGCUCUUGGGUUUAUUAAGUUGUGCUAGAAGAGCCAAUAUUCCCGGUAACAGUAGUUUUAUAUCUAAUAAUUUAAAUAUUAUAUAAGUUAUUUCUUAGUUUCGGAAAUAUUGAAUUCAAGCCGUAGUCUCAUAAAAAUUAUUAUACAUAUUCACAGCGGUAAUGUGUUUUCAUGGACAUCCAACAUUGUCCACAAAUUGCUCUUGGGUUUAUUAAGUUGUGCUAGAAGAGCCAAUAUUCCCGCUAACAGUAGUUUUAUAUCUAGUUUGGGAAAUAUUGAAUUCAAGCCGUUGUCUCAUAAAAAUUCAAAUCUUGAGAGUUCCCGCCAUUUUUAAGGGGUUAUUUCUACACCAUUGACAUUUGAAUCACUUUUAUGAAACGUUUUUAAAGAAAAUACAUUGCAAUCAGUAUUAUUGCUCAAGUUGUUGCACACUAGUGUAAAGAUAUAAAAUUUGCAAACAAAUGUCAAGAAUCAUUUGAGUGGUUAGAUAAGUAAGUGUGCUUGUUGUGACAAUUGACGGACAAUAAGUACUGUGUUGGCACGGAUGGCUCUAGAAACCAGUUAUCUUAUCGGUCACGUGACGUGUUAAAAUGUUUAUUGAACUUCAGUCACAAAAUGUUAUGUUUACUGUAGCGUCAUUUAAAAUGUUGAUUUUUUUGUACAUUGAUAACACGUACCACAUCUUCAGGAACGAUGUUUUUGGACAAAAAGGAAUUCGUUAAUAAAUUCAAAGGAAUAUUUAAACAAAACUAAUCAUAUCAGUGUGUAUCAGUGAAAUAAAUACUGUGUAUGCAUUCAUGCUUACAAAGUGGGUAUGAUAAUUUGAGUUAAUGAAGCAAAGAACCAUUAGUUUUUUCUUUAAAUAAAGCAAUAUUUUUUUACUGUAUUUUAAAAUACUGGUUAUAAUUUUUGUAAACAAAUUUUAAUUUAAUUUUGUUAGUAAAAUAGAAUAGUGAUUGACAUAUUAUUGUAGUGAACAUACUUACUGAAUAUUGUUGUUUUUAAAUGCAGUGCCAAAAUAAAUGUUUUCCUCUUUUG